AUGGGGAAACCAAAUGGAUAUACAUGUAAUUGCCAAACAGGAUACACAGGAAAAAAUUGUUCAACUAAAGUUAUAAAUCACUGUGUACCAAAUCCUUGUUUAAAUGGAACAUGUAGCAGCAAUAACUCUGGCAAGUGCCAAGAUGGUAUUAACAAUUAUACAUGUUCCUGCUUAGCUGGAUUCAACGGUCAAAACUGUGAAAUAAAUAUCAACAAUUGUUCUCCAAACCCGUGUAAGAACUCUGGGAAGUGUCAAGAUGGUGUUAACAAUUAUACGUGUUCCUGCUUAGUUGGCUUCAAAGGGCGAAACUGUGAAAUAAAUAUCAACAAUUGUUCUCCGAACCCAUGUAAGAACUCUGGCAAGUGUCAAGAUGGUGUAAACAAUUAUACAUGUUCCUGCAUAGCUGGCUUCAACGGUCGAAACUGUGAAAUAAAUAUCAACAAUUGUUCUCCAAACCCGUCUGGCUUCAAAGGUCGAAACUGUGAAAUAAAUAUCAACAAUUGUUCUCCGAACCCAUGUAAGAACUCUGGGAAGUGUCAAGAUGGUGUUAACAAUUAUACGUGUUCCUGCUUAGCUGGCUUCACCGGUCGAAACUGUGAAAUAAAUACCAACAAUUGUUCUCCAAACCCAUGUAAGAACUCUGGCAAGUGCCAAGAUAGUAUUAACAAUCAUACAUGUUCCUGCUUAGUUGGCUUCACCGGUCGAAACUGUGAAAUAAAUAUCAACAAUUGUUCUCCGAACCCGUGUAAGAACUCUGGCAAGUGCCAAGAUGGUGUUAACAAUUAUACCUGUUCCUGCAAAGCUGGCUUCACCGGUCGAAACUGUGAAAUAAAUAUCAACAAUUGUUCUCCGAACCCGUGUAAAAACUCUGGUAAGUGUCAAGAUGGUAUUAACAAUUAUACCUGUUACUGCUUAGCUGGCUUCACAGGUCAAAACUGUGAAAUAAAUAUCAACAAUUGUUCUCCGAACCCGUGUAAGAACUCUGGGAAGUGUCAAGAUGCUGGCUUCACCGGUCGAAACUGUGAAAUAAAUACCAACAAUUGUUCUCCAAACCCAUGUAAGAACUCUGGCAAGUGCCAAGAUAGUAUUAACAAUUAUACAUGUUCCUGCUUAGUUGGCUUCACCGGUCGAAACUGUGAAAUAAAUAUCAACAAUUGUUCUCCGAACCCGUGUAAGAACUCUGGCAAGUGCCAAGAUGGUGUUAACAAUUAUACCUGUUCCUGCAUAGCUGGCUUCACCGAUGGUAUUAACAAUUAUACCUGUUACUGCUUAGCUGGCUUCAAAGGUCAAAACUGUGAAAUAAAUAUCAACAAUUGUUCUCCGAACCCGUGUAAGAACUCUGGGAAGUGUCAAGAUGGUAUUAAUAAUUAUACUUGUUCCUGCUUAGUUGGCUUCAAAGGUCGAAACUGUGAAAUAAAUAUCAACAAUUGUUCUCCGAACCCGUGUAAGAACUCUGGCAAGUGUCAAGAUGGUGUUAACAAUUAUACCUGUUCCUGCUUAGCUGGCUUCACCGGUCGAAACUGUGAAACAAAUAUCAACAAUUGUUCUCCGAACCCGUGUAAAAACGCCGCUGGCUUCACCGGUCGAAACUGUGAAAUAAAUAUCAACAAUUGUUCUCCGAACCCGUGUAAGAACUCUGGCAAGUGUCAAGAUGGUGUUAACAAUUAUACCUGUUCCUGCUUAUCUGGCUUCACCGGUCGAAACUGUGAAACAAAUAUCAACAAUUGUUCUCCGAACCCGUGUAAAAACUCCGGGUUUACUGGAAAGUUCUGUAAAACUUAUAUUAAUGAAUGUGCAUCGAAUCCUUGUAAACACAAUAGCAGUUGCAAGGACAGAACAAAUGAUUACCUCUGUUCAUGUCAAAGUGGAUACAUGGGAAAAGACUGUGAUAUUUUGAUAAGUACAUUGGCACCGAAAACAACCACAAAAUCUACUACUCCGUCUACAACAACGAAACCUACUACUCCGUCAGCAUCAAGGAAACUUACUACUCCAUCUACAACAAUAAAACGUACUACUGCGCCAACAACAGUACAAAGUACAACCUUGCCAACAACAAAGAAACGUACUACUCCGCCAACAACAGUGCAAAGUACAACCCUGCCAACAACAAAGAAACGUACUUCUCCGCCAACAACAGUGCAAAGUACAACCUUACUAACAACAAAGAAUCGUACUACUCCGCCAACAACAGUGCAAAGUACAACCAUACCAACAACAAAGAAACGUACUACUCCGCUAACAACAAUACAAAGUACAACUUUACUAACAACAAAGAAACGUACAACUCCGACAACAACAGUACAAAGUACUACUACUCUUCCAACAACAACAAUGACACGUGCUACUCCUACAACAACUAUAAAGUCUACAACUAUGUCGACAACACAAAAGUCCAGAACUCAGACGACAAUAAUCACAACUAUGUCAACAUCGACAACGAAGAAAGCCUCAACUGUAAUUACACCGAAAAGUACUUCUCUACCAACAUCAAUGAAGCCCACAACUAAUUCAAAAUCAACGAAAGAAACACCUCUGUCGAUAACAACGCAACUUACAACUAUGACAACAAAAGUCACAGUCCCGCCAACAACUACAAAAUUUACAACAUUUAUGACAACAGCAAAAGAAAGUACUUCUGGAAGAACCACUCAGAAAUCAAUCAAAACAAAAACGACCCAUAAGCCUACUGCCUCAUCAACUUUCAUUCAUUCAGUACCAAAGCCAGGAUUAUAUCUGAUCAAAGGUGACGUUACAAUAUCUGUGAAAAACAUCACAGCUACAAUGAAAGACUUGAUUGAGCAUUCUUUAAAUGAUCCAGGUGCCGACAUACAAAUCACAACGUCAACUGAAAUAGUAUUAGGAGAAAAUAAUGAGUUGGUUACCAAAGUUAUGUACACUGUAACAAAGAACGGCAAAGAACUUGGUAACAAAGAGGUAAAGAAGUAUUUUACUCAGGCAACAUCAGCUCUUCAACUACAACAAUAUAAUGGCGAAGUGAAAAAGCAACCAACAAAAACCACAGAUAAGAACUCCAACAGUCAUGGUGGUUUGAUUGCAGGCAUAGUUAUUGCAGCACUAGCAGUAGUAGUUAUUAUUACAGCUUACUUGUAUAUCACAAAGAAACGAAACAAAACAAAUAAUAAUAAAGUUGCUCGUUAUGGUGAAGAGGAAGGUUCACAGAAAUAUAAAGAUGACGUCAUAAUGGAUAACUUUGGGUAUGACGAUGACGACGCUACAGAAGCUACAUUUGUUAAUCAGACAUAUGAAUCAAAAACAAAUAUGAAAAACGGGAUUAAGGACAGAAAUCAAAGUAUCAACAUUUAGUAUUUUUGAAUUAUGUUAACCUUAUAGCAGUACUAUUUAAGAAUUGAUUGAUUCUCCUUUUAAUUUUGGGUGGCUGUAAAAUCGUUGACCGAAGCACGCUUUUAAAACCACUAAAAUUAUAAAAAAAAAGCAUUCAAUUAUUAUUAUUACAUUUUUAUGCUACAACCAUGAAAAGAGUUGUAUCAAGCUUUUUGUUUGUUUUUCUAUGGAUUGUUUUUACAUUGUCACGGAUAGCACGUUCAGUUAUAGCUGUUGUAUUUUAUAGGCAGAUAAGAAAAAUUGUAUGACAAUUGACAUUCUAUGUUAUGAGAGUAAAAAAAAGUAUAGACAGUGGAAUAAAACCUUCAUUUCCCUUGGCUUAGGGAUAUAUAAAGAUUUUUUUACACUCGAAUUUUUUAGGUGAACAAAUCUUCAUAUUUCCCGUAGGCAAUGGAAAUAAAUGUAUAAUACUGGACCAUCACGAUUGUUGUCAGCCAAUCAAAAUGACGGAUUCUACUGAAACAUACAUGUGCAUGCUUUUAUAUUUUUUUAGCCCUAUGCAUACUAUUUUUCCUGCCAAGUUAUCUAACACAUAUCUUGAUGUGCCCCGUUGUUGUCUAAUGUUUGUAUUGUUUUUGGACGUUUCAGUGUGAUUGUCGGGCUAAAUUAUGACAGUAAAUGUUUGAUUACUUUGCCAGAUUUAUUUUAUUAAUGUUACCUCAUGGAUUUGUUCUUUAAUUACACCUUAUGUAAGAAUCCUGGGUUUUGAUUGGUUGAUAGCCAGUGUAUUUUUCACCAAUUUACUGUUAUCAAAUGAAUAUCGUUCAUUUUUUAACGCCGCCGGGGUAUAUGCAAAAAGGAUAUGCCUUUUUUACCCUCUCUGCCAUGGUAUUUGCCAAAAAAUACUCUAUCCGACUGGACGCUUGUAACGUCACGAUCAUCAAUGCGUUUUUGAACGUUAACAU